AUGCCAAAGGAUAAUGACAGUCUCUUCCUCUUGGAGGUAUUGAUCGAUAAAAUAAUAUUGUCGAAAAGCCCAUGUUUUUCGGACAAGGACUUCAGGACAUGUGUGAAUGUGUCAUGUCCUUCUGUGGAUCCUCUCGAGAUAUGUGACGACGAUCCGGCAGCAUGCGUCGGAAAAAGUGGAGGGCCGUUCGUGAAGACCUUUAACAGCGGCAAGUCCUGUCUGUUCUCCUUAAGUGAAGGAGAUAUUUCCGCAGCGAUGUCGAAGUUCCCUAUACAAGUAACAGUUUUUAAAUCGCUGCCAUGCGGAUGCCUGCCCACAAAAAUUCUUAUGGGAGAUGCGACUAUAGAUAUGACGAAAGAAUUCGUGCAAGCGAGAAACAAAUACCUGGAAGAUCCCACUGCUGUCAGUUUCCAAGCCCUUAAAGAUUCUUUCCGACUUGUAGGGCAGGAUGGUGCGGAGACAGGUGAAAUUAUUAUGUUCCUCCGUAUAUCUUGUUUUGGUAAAUUGAUUGUGACAAGAUUCCAGGGCACCGGAGCCAUGGUUACUUUAGGAGCUGGCGCUAUUACCUCUAUUAAUGAUCGCUCAUGCAACCCACCAAGAGAGAUGCAGAGUAUAGAUGACCCAUGCGUGUGCGGUUUGGGUCACGGUACUCGCGGGGGAGGUGGCAGCGGCCCGCCAUGUACUGCAGGAGGACGACGAGGAGGAUUCGGCGUUUGCCCACCAGAUCAAGAUCCAUACAACAGUAUGCCGUGUGAAGAACCAGAUGAUCCAUGCUACUGUACGGGCCCCAAACCCCAAAUAAAACCACCCUUAGCUUGUAGAAAUACGGACCCAUAUUGUCUACAUGUACCAAAAGGUGCACUGCCGAGAUUGCCGUAUUAUCAAGAAUUGACGAAGCAGCAAGUGAAGAAGCUUAGUGUCCAACAAAAGCCGCAAACAGGAUACCAGGACCAGGGCUUGGUGAGGGAGUACAUAAGGAUGUUCAUGGAAGAUUUACCAGAUUCUAGCACAUGUUCGUUAACUUCACUAAGUACAUUAAGAUCAAAAAGACGUAGUGUGAGCUUUUCUGAUACUGUCGAUUACGUAUUGGGACAUCGUGUCGAGGCUAUUAACGAUUGUGAUAAGAAAGAAAACUUUUUUGGAAAGGAAACGACGGUCUACAUGACAUUAUGGGAUGUCGCAGAGAGUUUACGCAGUUGGGGCACUCAAGCUACCGCGUCCAUUAACAAGUGCAUACAAGUUCCUACUGCAUCUGCUACUCCUGAAACCAAUUCUUGUUGGUCGGCUUCAAAUGCGUCCUGUACAAGAAGUGGUUCGCAAUAUCGCAAUCAAGAUGUAUUCUUUUUUGAAAAGUUCCGGGGAAUGGGAAAUCAAGAUGCAGCAAAACAAAAGCAAGGACAACCAAAGCCGCCAGCUAUCAAAUCAAGUGCUGGUAGCAACAAGACGCCCUGGAAACCACCACGAACAGUCCAAAUGAACACCGAAGUUCAAUCUAGUAAAUCAACAAAAAGUUCAGCCUGUACGCUAACAACCUGUCCCGGAAGAUCUGUUUGCAUUGUACCUCCGCCGCCAUGCCCGAAUGGACCUGUAAGAGGAGACUUAAUGGCUACAGUGUCCCAUAUAAAAAUAGGACCGAGAGAACCCUGUCCAGUACACGGUAAUAAUCCAUGCCAAGGUCCUGGUUGCGUUUUAGCGGCGUCCCAACAGGACAACGCCGCCGUUAAGGUCUCACAAUGUACAAAUCCUCGCAGAGGGGUUUUCGAGUUAGUUAUUCGAAGAAUGACCGGGGCGCCUCUUGCGAAGAAUGAACUAAUGUUGGAAUGGACACCACCGCCGUGUCGCUCUUCCCCAUGUGGUCCCUGCGCACCUUAUACAGUAGCGUGCUAUCCAUCCGUCUGUCCACCAUCAAGAUGUAGAUUGGUCAUGUGCCGCCCGGCACCAAGCAAACCAAAAUGCUGCAGAAAAGCAUGUCAAAGGCCGUGCGGUGUGAUGCCUUGUGGGCCCAUACCGUGUCGUAUAAGAUGUAGGAAGUGCUGUAGGCCAGCGUGCAGUGGGAAUCCUUGUCGGUACCCGCCUCCGUGCGGCAGGCCGUGCCCGCCGCGGUACUGCUCGCCGCCAUCGCGCUGUCGGCCGUGCGGGCCCGUACCGUGCGGGCCCUCGCCCUGCUGCGCUGAUAAACCUUGCAAAAGCAUGCCCUGUUUAAAACCGUGCCCUGUGGGAUACAGGCGUCCACGUAGGAUUCGCAGCUAUCCAAAGAUAAGACCUCACCGCAAAGCGAUAUCUCCGUGUUUAAAUCGAUCAAGAGACUGUCCCGUCGCUCGCUGCCGCAGCCUCCCGGGCUGCAGCAACUGCUUCCCCUGCCCCCCGCGCCGCUGCCGCUCGGUGGGCCCCUGCAGAACGAGAUGCUGCAAAAGCGUCUGCUGUUAA